UUGUAAUUUUUCAGGUUUAUUAAUGAAUUCACCCAAGGGACCAAUAUUUUCAGAUGACUUUUCGUAAAAUGGUCCCAUGUUUCAUUCGUUCUUAUCAAGAUACCAUACAUGAACUUAACAAGUCUAUUAAGCUGUCGAAUUACUUAACACCGUCAAAUCCAAGGAUUUUGAAAGAACAAAGGUAUGGGUUGUCCGCUGUUUAUUGCUCUGCUGUUGGAAUUGAAGAUCAGCAACUACGUGACUUACAUGUUAUACAUGUUACAGGGUCUAAAGGCAAAGGCUCAGUUUGUUCAAUGAUUGAAAACGUCUUACAGAAAUCCGGAUUUCGCACUGGGUUUUUAAGCUCUCCUCACCUCAUAAACGUUGAGGAAAGAAUACGGAUAAACGGACGGCCCAUAUCCCGUGAUCACUUUGCUAGUUUAUUUUGGGAUGUGCAUGGAACACUUCUUGAGUUUACAAAAACCUCAAUUAAUAUACCUAUGCCAUCAUUUCUUCAUUACAUUUUUGUGAUGGCUUGUAAAGCAUUUGUUGAUGAGAAAGUAGAUGUCGGGAUUUUCGAAGUUGGUAUUGGUGGACGUUAUGAUCAUACAAAUAUUUUCAAAGAUCCUUACGUAACUGUUGUCACAAGUUUGGCACUGGAGCAUACAAAUAUUUUAGGCAAUACCAUUGCUGAAAUAGCUUGGGCUAAAGCAGGGAUUUUUAAGACUGGUUCUAUAGCAUUAGUCAGUCAUGGGCAAUCAGAAGAAGCAAUGCAUAAAUUUGUUGAAGAAGCUGAACUUGUUAAAUGUCCAUUGUAUGUUGCACCUACGUUAGAUUCACUAUUGACUACAGAGAAUAUGACUGAGUCGUUUAAAGAUAUUUUUGACAAUAUGAAUACCAUACCUAAUAGUCAAUUAUUAAAUCUUGCUUUAAGUUUAACUACAAUAAAUUAUUGGUUUGCUAAAUUACAUGGAACUACUAAUAAUGAUAACGUUACAAAUAUUGGUUUACAGCCGACAUCUGAAUGGAAACCGAGUUCAACUGUUUUAUUUAAUGCGUUAUCCGCCCGAUGGCCUGGUCGAUGGCAAAUUGUAAUUCGAAAAAAUAUAACUUAUUAUCUGGAUGGUGCACAUACUGUAGAAAGUUUACAAUCUGCAAUAAAAUGGUUUCAGAAUGAGAGCUUUGCUUCGAAUAAUAACAGACGUCCUAUACGAAUUAUUAUUUUCACUGUAAUUGGUCCACGAGAUCCUGAGCCAUUUUUAAAAUGUUUACAAUCUUCCUCAUUCGCAUUCGAUUUGGUUGUUUUUGCCAAUCCUCACGAUGGUCAAUUUGAAAUUCUUCCCAGUAAAGAGUCGCAUGAUGAAUUAUGCUUCAAUAUAUGGCGUCAACUCGAAUCGGAAUCGAACACCGGUAGUAAUUCUACAUCACAUUCAAUUGCUUCAAAGCAUGUCAAAUCUUUAUCUGCUUUUAUAAAGUGGAUGCAAAACUUGCAGCGUUUUUCUCUUCAGGCUUUGAAAUAUUUUCCGUGUGAAUAUAUUAAUUAUGAUGAAGCCGAUAAUACAACUUGCUGUGAUGUUUUUGUCACUGGCAGUCUAUAUAUGGUUGGUCGGAUAUUAAAGGAAAUAGAUGAACCUGUAUAAAGGAUACAAUUGAUAUUCUCAACUCAAAUUCUGUAGAUCUCCCAUCUGUAAAAUAAUGACGCGUUUCUAGAUUCCUGCAUGUUUAGUGAAAUUAUCAUUGGAAACUGUAAAUAUUAUGUACAUAGAUAAUCAUCGAUUUUUUAAAUUUUACAUACGUAUAUUUAAGAUGAUGUGAUCUGUUUCUGAUGAGUAACUGCAAAUUAAACUUGAACACGGACAAGGAUAAUCAUCCCUUCCUAAUAUCCAGAUAAAGUACAAUGUCUAACAUUCUUCUUCUCAUUUAGUAGGCGUGACACACAUUAAAGCAUUAUUUCCUACCGAGAAUUCCAUUUCAAAAAUUUAAAACUACGUAUGUCUUCUAUAAAUACGCUGCUGCAGCACAUCCCAACUUACCAGAUGAGGAAAGCAAACAAAGUGAUAGAGCUUUAAGUGGAAUCAUUAAAGAUUAUGGCAUGAAGUGCAGCUUUCACUCACCAAGUAAAUGGAAAAGGGUUAGAUAUUGGACACAGACUGAACGUUGAAAGGGAGAUACUCUACAAAUUUGUGCAUGUUUGUCGAUUCGUUGUCUACAUGACCGUAGCCUUCAAGAAGAAAGAUCUAUGCACCUGGAAGAGUUACAUUCAGUUUCUCUGUCCAUUUUCGUUCAUAGUCCGGUCACCCCAUAUGGCGUUUUGUUAUGGACUUUCAUUGUCAACCCCUUUAUGUAUCUCUGCCUUGUUCUAUUCUGAGUCGCAUACUCAUCUUUCUUCAUUCACAUGUUCUUAUAAUCAUAAUAAUUCUCUUUAUACUCUUGUAACGUGUUGUAUCCAUGUGACUUCGUUGUUAUGUUGAUCACCACAACAUAACAAUUCUCGUAUGGUUUACUGUCCAUAUAAUUCACUUUUUCCCAGCUUGAUUAUAAUUUCCUACCCCUUAGGCAACUUUUCUAGCCUACGAUUGGCUUGUUUUAAUGUGUUUAUCCUGUUAAAGGUUUUCAUCCUACAAUACUUAAUUCAACCACAAGCAAAUACAUUUAUCAUAAACUUAUAUCUGUUGAGCCUGAUGAUCAACUUAUUGUAAAUGAUCGUUCCCUAAAUACUCGGUUUUACUGCCGGACUCUAUUUAUGCUGUUACGUUAAUUGUGAUUGUUUUAUGUGCCUAGGUUGAACUGAUCAGUAAAUAUAUGCUUAUCUGGUGGUAGAUGGUCCACG